AAAAUAAAUAAAAACGAAAUUGAAUAAGCCUAUGAGGCUUCCUCUGUAAGUGCCUUGGAGCCUACGGAUCUUUCGAUGGAACAUUAUCUCCUCUAUAUAAGCUCUUGUUUUUCCCUUUGUUCUACUUUCUUAACGGCCUUCCCUUUUUCUCUUCUGCAAAAGCUAGUUUCAGAUUUCCCCUAUAAAAUCUUUCUCCUUUCUUUUUGCUUUCCACAACUGUUGCUCUGCAUUAUUUCUAGCUUUUUGGGUUCCUUUUUCUUUUGCAUAAAUUCAUAAAGGGUUUCUAUAAUUUGGAUUGAGUUUUCCCAUGGAAGACGCCAUUGUUGUUAACCAACGACACCAAGAGCUGAUGGAGUUGCCGCCUGGUUUUCGGUUUCAUCCUACCGAUGAGGAGAUUAUAACUCAUUAUCUUUUAGAGAAGGUUAUGAACAGCAACUUCAGUGCCGCUGCAAUUGGGGAAGCUGAUUUGAACAAGUCUGAACCUUGGGAUUUGCCUGACAAAGCCAAGAUGGGGGAGAAAGAAUGGUACUUCUUUUGCCAAAGAGAUAGGAAGUACCCGACCGGGAUGAGAACAAACCGAGCAACCCAAGCUGGAUAUUGGAAGGCAACUGGAAAAGAUAAAGAGAUUUUCAAAGGAAAAGGUUGCCUUGUUGGGAUGAAAAAGACCCUUGUUUUCUAUAAAGGGAGAGCUCCAAGGGGAGAGAAAACUAACUGGGUCAUGCAUGAAUAUAGGCUUGAAGGCAAAUUCUCUUACUAUAAUCUUCCCAAAGCUGCUAAGGAUGAAUGGGUUGUUUGUAGGGUUUUUCAUAAGAAUACAGCGGGGAUCAAUAAAAGUCCAAUUGCAAUGGCUUCUCUUGGGGAUGAAUUUAUGGACUAUGCUUCAUUGCCUCCUCUCAUGGAUCCUACUUUUGAUUGUGAAUCUGAAUUCAAGGCCAUCAAUAAAACCCCAGUUUCAAGCUCUAUUUUCAACCCUCAAAUUCCAACCCAAGACCCCGUUUUCUUCCAUCCAGAGACCUCGGAUUCCGGCACUGGCAGCUUACGAACCGAGGACGAGGCGAGUAUAAGAGCAUUGGCAGGCAAUUACAGUGGUGAUCAUAUCGGGCAGAGGCAGUGCAACAAGGUGGAGCAGUUUUCAUCAAAUCAGUCUAUGGUGAGUCCGUCACAAGACACUGGCCAUAGCACUGAAAUUAAUAACAAUGAGAUUUCAUCAGUGAUUUCAAAGAGUUUUGGACUUGGAAGCAUAGAUCCUUAUGAUGAUAUUGAAGAUUUGGCAUGUUUAUGGAACUACUGAAACUUGAAUUGCAACAUUAUUACUGACUUGUUAAUUUAGGAAUUAGUAUAUGAUCUGAAACACUUUUUCUUAAAAAAAAAAAAUCCAAUUAUCAGGUUAUUAUUAUAUUGAAAAGGGAUAUACUACUUUGUAUAGAUAGAUUGAUGGUGUAAUUUUUUUUUCUGAUUAUUACAUUUUCAUUGGCAGAUAACUGAGAAAGAUUCCAUGUA